AUGGUUAAAUUAAAAAGUCCCGAUGUGGAAAAGGACCAUGAGUGGAAGAAUAAAAGACCCUCACCACCUGGAUUGUUCGCGCGCCUGUUCUACACCUGGACCUUCCCUCUGUUCUACUAUGGGAACCGACGGGAUCUGGAGGACGACGAUUUAGUUCCAGCUCUAAAUAUAUACAAUUCGAAACGGGUUGGCGACGAUUUGGAAAGAAAUUGGUUCUUGGAGGAGAAAUUAGCAAAAGCGGCGGGAAAGCAGCCUUCGAUAGUAAAAGUUCUCUAUAGAACAUUCGUUUGGUCUUACAUGUGGGGUGGGGUCAUGCAGUUUAUUUACACAGCGUUGCGAACUGUUUCUCCACUGCUGUUCGCUGAGCUGCUGAACUACUGGUCGGUCGACAGCACCAUGACCACGGAAGUAGCAGCAUACUACGCCGCUGCUAUGGUCGUGGCGAACAUGCUUGCUGCAUUCUUGAAUCACCAGGGCAAUUUCUAUUGUCAACAAUUCGGAAUGAAGUUACGGGUUGCCGUCAGCUCUCUCAUGUUUAGGAAGAUCAUGAGGAUGAACAAUGGAUCCUUAGGUGAAACAACCGCUGGCAAAGUUGUCAACAUAUUAUCCAACGAUCUCCAGAGGUUUGACCUGGCGUUCCUCUUCCUGCACUAUGUCUGGAUUAUACCGAUACAGCUCGUGGCCGUCUGCUACCUGGGAUAUAUUCAAGCUGGAUAUGCUGCCUUGUUGGGAAUAGCUGCAUUAAUUGUUAUCGCCCUUCCCAUUCAAGGUGGCGUUGGUAGUCUCAUGGGCAAAGUAAGAUUUCGCACAGCUGAAAAGACAGACGAACGGAUAAAGCUUAUGAGCGAAGUGAUCAAUGGCAUACAGGUUAUUAAAAUGUACGCGUGGGAAAUCCCCUUUCAAAAAGUUGUCGGCGAACGGAGGAGCGAGGAGAUGGUUGAGGUCAAAACGGCGACGAUACUGCGAACAAUUUUCUUGGGCUUCAUGACGUUCACUGAACGGUCGGCUUUGUUCGUCUCCAUCCUGAUGUACACCCUGGUCUUUGGAAACGUGUUAACGGCUAAUGUUAUCUAUCCACUGCAGCAGUUCAUAGCAGCGGCACAAAUCAACAUUACUUUGAUAUUACCACUAGUGAUUACGUUUAUAGCAGAACUCGUAGUGUCGUUUCGGAGGGUGCAAGAUUUUAUGAAUUUGGAGGACCGUCCAGACUUGGCGUCGACGCUGGUGGCGCCACAGUCGAACCUAUUUCAUAAUAUUAAUAACAGUAUAAGAAAAUCGAGAAGCAAAGAAGUUAAACCGCUUUCUUAUAUCGCGAAAGCGGAUACACCAUUCAGUAAUGGUACAACUAAUGGUACAACCAAUGGAACAACCAAUGGAACAACUAACGGUAUACGGGCAAGCCAAAGGAUACGAAGAAGUCUUUCCCACCCUGGAGACAUGAUAGUGGAGAUUCGAGAUGUGUCAGCCAGCUGGACUGGCGAUCCUAAUUUCUUAGCGCUCAAAAAUAUUUCUCUGCGCAUACGCAAAGGAAAAUUGUGCGCUAUCAUCGGUGCCGUUGGAUCUGGCAAGUCGUCUAUAUUGCAACUGCUGCUGAAGGAAUUGCCAGCAGCCACCGGCAACGUAUCAGUGUAUGGGGACAUGUCGUACGCUUGCCAAGAAGCGUGGUUGUUCCCGAGUACUGUGCGAGAAAACAUUCUCUUCGGCUUGCCAUACGAUGCAGAAAAAUAUAAAAGAGUAUGUAAAAAGUGCGCUCUAGAGAAAGACUUCAAACAAUUCCCGUACGGCGACCAGACGCUGGUAGGAGAGAGGGGAGUGUCGUUGUCGGGGGGGCAGCGCGCCAGAAUCAAUUUGGCACGAGCGGUCUAUAGAGAAGCAGACAUUUACCUGUUGGACGAUCCCUUAUCAGCUGUGGACGCGAAUGUUGGUCGUCAGCUUUUCGAAGGCUGUAUAAACGGUUACUUGCAAGGGAAGACUAGGAUACUGGUGACACAUCAAGUUCACUUCUUAAAGGCCGCCGACUACAUCAUUGUAUUGAACGAGGGUCAAAUCGAGAAUAUGGGAACAUUUGACGAGCUGGUGUCCUCAGGAAAGGAUUUCGCCUUGAUGCUGUCCAACUUACAAGAAGGGAAAGACGAAAAUGACAACUCAAGCUUGAAGGGCGAUGAUAAGGAACGGCCACAACUGAUCAGAGCUCUGUCAAGCACGGACAGUGAGGAUCUAGAAGAAUAUGAAGCCCAGAAAAUGGCAGCCGAAGAAAGGCAAUCAGGAAACUUACGCUGGGAGGUGAUUACUGCGUACUUCAGGUCAGGGGGGAGCAUCUGGUUCAUACUGUUCACUAUGGGAAUAAUAUUGACCGCCGCUGCUUCCGCUGCUGCUGCUGAUUACUGGAUCAGUUUCUGGUCCAAUCAAAUGGCACAAUAUGAAGAGGAUAUGCAAGGAGCUGAGUUAGAUCCCGGUCUGGACGUCCAAGUGGGUCCGUUUACAACUGGCCAAUAUCUGAUCAUCCAUGGCUGUAUAGUAGCAGCGGUUAUCCUCUUCACGAACAUCAGGGUGAUACCGUUCGCCACGCUCUGCUCCCAGGCGUCCCGGCGCCUCCACGACUUCAUGUUUUCCACGAUGAUAAAAGGAGUUAUGCGCUUCUUCGAUACCAGUUCUUCAGGUCGUAUCCUCAACCGUUUCACAAAGGACAUGGGUGCGUUGGACGAGAUAUUGCCGCGUACCCUGUUAGACGUUCUGCAGAUUUACAGUACUCUGUUGGCCAUUUUGGUUCUAAACGCCAUAGCGCUGUACUGGACAUUAAUUCCUUCGGCUGUUCUGAUGAUUCUCUUCAUCCUAUUUGUUAAAGUGUAUCUUAAGACUGCGCAAGGUGUCAAAAGAUUGGAAGGAACAACAAAGAGUCCCGUCUUCUCGAUGGUAACGUCGUCUUUGAAUGGCAUUGCCACCAUCCGUUCAGCUGGAGCUCAGGCCAGGUUAAUUGAUGAUUUCGACAGACAUCAGGACUUACACACAUCAGCCUGGAACUGCUAUUUGGGUGGCGGAUGCACGUUCGGGUUCUAUUUGGAUACGAUGUGUCAAAUUUACCUCACUGUUAUUGUGUUCGUCUUCCUCUACAUAGAUUUUGGCAGUCUUAUAGCGGUCGGCAGCGUGGGUCUGGCUGUGACGCAGAGCAAUAUGCUUACAGCCAUGUUGCAGCAUGGUGCCAGAAUGUUGGUGGACUUCUUAGCGCAGUUGACAAGCGUUGAAAGAGUGUUAGAGUAUACACGAAUCGAUACAGAACCCAACCUCUUCGAAGCACAACUCGUGGUGCCUCCAACCUGGCCGUCCCAUGGAAGAAUCGUUUUCCAAAAUGUGAACAUGCGAUACGCCGUCGAUGAAGCCCCUGUCUUGAAGAAUUUGAACAUAGUUGUUGAAAGCGGUUGGAAGGUCGGGAUUGUGGGGCGGACUGGAGCCGGGAAGUCUUCGCUUAUAUCAGCGUUGUUCAGAUUUGCGUACAUCGAAGGGAACAUUUUGAUUGAUGGCGUCGACACAUCGUUAUUGGCGAGACAGAAUUUGCGCUCAAAAAUUUCGAUCAUCCCCCAAGAACCAGUGCUGUUCUCAGCAACUAUACGAUAUAACUUGGACCCGUUUAAUGUAUACAGCGACGACGAAUUAUGGCGAGCUCUGGAACAGGUAGACUUGAAAUCCAGCAUACCGUCGUUGGACUUCAAAGUGACAGAAGGUGGAGCCAACUUCUCAGUUGGUCAGAGGCAGUUGAUGUGCUUAGCCCGUGCUGUGCUAAGAUCGAACAAGAUCCUGAUCAUGGACGAGGCUACAGCCAACGUCGAUCCUCAAACGGACAAUUUUAUCCAGCAAACUAUUCGUAAGAAGUUCGCUGACUGCACCGUCCUCACGAUCGCGCACAGACUCAACACGAUCAUGGAUUCGGACCGGGUUCUGGUGAUGAGCGCUGGUGAAGUGGCCGAGUUCGAUCACCCGUACAACCUACUCUCCGACCAGAAUAGCCACUUCAGCAGCAUGGUCAGGGAGACUGGCGAGAAAACCAGUGCACAGCUCUUCGAGAUCGCGAAGGAGUGCUACUUCCAGAACGAGCUGAAAGAGGAAAGAUGA